AUGCAGCCAAAGGCUAGAGCCAAUGGGACAACUGUUACUGAGUUCAUCCUGUUGGGCUUGGUGGAGACACCAGAGCUGUGGCCAGUUGUCUUCAUACUCUUCCUCUUGGCUUACCUGCUCACAGUUGGGGGCAACCUCAGCAUCCUGGCCGCUGUCCUGGUGGAACCCAAACUCCACACCCCCAUGUACUUCUUCCUGGGGAAUCUGUCUGUGCUGGAUGUGGGGUGCAUCAGCGUCACCAUUCCCUCCAUGUUGGUUCGUCUCUUGUCCCACAAGCGUAUAGUUCCAUAUGGAGCCUGCCUCACACAGCUCUUCUUCUUCCAUCUCUUGGUUGGGGUUGACUGCUUCCUGUUGACAGCCAUGGCUUAUGACCGCUUCCUGGCCAUCUGCCAGCCCCUCACCUAUAGCACCCGCAUGAACCACACAGUCCAGAGGAUCUUGGUGGCCACAUCGUGGGCUUGUGCCUUCAGCAAUGCACUGACCCACACUGUGGCCAUAUCCACACUCAACUUCUGUGGCCCCAACGUGAUCAACCACUUCUACUGCGACCUUCCACAGCUCUUCCAGCUCUCCUGCUCCAGCACCCAGCUCAAUGAGCUGCUGCUUUUUGCAGUGGGUUUCAUAAUGGCAGGAACCCCCAUGGCACUCAUUGUCACCUCUUACAUCCACGUGGCAGCUGCAGUUCUGCGAAUCCGCUCUGCUGAGGGCAGGAAGAAAGCCUUUUCCACCUGUGGCUCUCACCUCAGUGUGGUUGCCAUAUUUUAUGGCUCAGGCAUCUUUAACUACAUGAGACUUGGUUCCAUCAAACUUUCAGAUAAGGAUAAAGCUGUUGGAAUCUUCAACACUGUCAUCAACCCCAUGCUGAACCCACUCAUCUACAGCCUCAGGAACCCUGACGUGCAGGCAGCUUUGUGGAGGGCUCUCACAGGGAGGAGGCCAGCAGCUUGA